AUGUUAUGAUAUGGUUAUGUCUGUUCGCUUUGUACUGGUGCUUGAAGCCCAUAUGAUGAGUCAUUUUUUCUUUGUGACCUUUACGUAUUCAAUCAGGGGAAGAUGCUUGAAGGAUAGAGACGCUAAGCUCUAAAAAAUGCGAGACAUGAUGAUCCGAGCCAUGGACAAGCAUGGGCAGGUGGAGCAGUAACGAAGGGUGGGCUUGCGAGCAAUGAAGGAGCAGGAAAGUUUCUUGGCAACUUGGUAGCGUCUCGCUUUUUACAACGAGUUAAACACACAUUGACACUAGGCACGGCAAUCAGGCUGGCCUAGGGAGUCAAAGACUUUUAAAGGGUCAGGAUGGCCUUCUUUUCUUUGCGCGGUCGACCAGAUAAAUAGUUUAAGUAGCUAGUUAAAUUUUUUGGUUUUGC